AUGUCAGCGGUGAAAAAUGGAAACUCGCCAUGUAUUUACAAAUACAGAACAAACUCUGUGCAGAAAAAUACAGAUCUAGUGUUGAAAAGAAGAAAAAACUGUUUACCUCAAGAUGGCGGCAUAAAGAAAACAAAAUGGCGGCGGGCAAGAUGGCGGAUGUUGAUUCCGUUGAUAAUUUUAAAUGUUACUGGACAAGCAAAUGCUGUAGAAGCUCUAACCAGCCGUGUCCUAGCCUCAAUCUUGGGUUACCCGAGCACCUGCAGCUCAGGCCUUGACGUGAGACCUUGCACCUUAUCCUUGACAUGUUGGCUCCGAGGAGGCACCAGGGUCAAAGGCUGCGGAGGGAGCUGGCUGUUCUCUUGCUGUGUGAUGCCAGAAAUCUCUAAAAAUGAUAUCUUUGAUAACAGUUUGCAGUCAUCAGAAUGGAAGUACAACAAAGUAGUUCCACCGAAGCUGCGCCAGAUCCCGCAGCGCAGUGUGAUGCCAGCCAACGUGUUCCGACGAAGAGUUGACGACGAAGGUCCUGGUGCUCAGGUGGACUGCGGUCUCCCCUCGUCCAGAAUUCUCCAGAAACGCAUCAUCGGCGGGCGGGAGGCGAGGUUCGCUGAGUUCCCGUGGCAGGCCCACGUCAGGAUAUCUGAGUUUCAGUGUGGUGGUGUUUUAGUAUCCCGUUGGUACGUGGCGACCGCAGCGCACUGCGUGUCGCGCGCGCGUCCGCGCGACGUCGCGGUGUGGCUGGGCGCCUUGGACACCAGCGCUGGAUCCGACACCGCUUGGAAACUUGGGGUCGUCCAAAAAAUCCUUCACCCGUUCUUCCAGUACCGGCUAACCCAACCCGACCGUUACGACAUCGCACUUCUCAAACUGUCUCGACCGAUCACGUUCACGCGUCACGUCCUACCAAUCUGUCUCCCGGACUUGGAGCUGGAAUUGAGAGGUCGGUCCGGGGUAAUAGCAGGGUGGGGGAAGACCGACACCAGCAAUGGUCACACCGGCACCAACUUGUUGAGGUCGGCCACUGUACCCAUUCUGAGUAAAGAGCAAUGUAUCAAAUGGCAUCAGAGCAAGCAGAUAUCCGUGGAGAUCCACUCGGAAAUGAUCUGCGCUGGACACUCCGACGGUCACCAAGAUGCUUGUCUAGGCGAUUCAGGAGGACCACUAAUAGUGUUAGACAAUGGCCGAUAUUACCUGGUUGGGAUCACAUCAGCUGGCUUCGGGUGCGGAGUGGACCACCAGCCGGGCAUCUAUCACAACGUCAAAGUCACAUCGAAUUGGAUCAAGGGUGUCAUCGCGCCGCAGACUAAUUAUAUUAAUUUUUAAAGACGCCUUUUUAAUGGGUUACAUAUGUAUGUAUGUAAAUUUUGUAGGAAAUUUUAAGACUGUGUAAUUUUUGGAUAUUUAAACAUUUUGCAUAUACUUUCUGGCAUCAAAAAUUACAAGAUGGCGUACUAUAAUAUAAUGCCAAAAUGUGUACGUAAAUGUAUAGAUACACACAUGUUUACAAUUAUGCUGUACAAUUUUAUAUCCAAAAAAAAAGUGGUUUGCAGUCAAAAAAUAUAUUC